AUGAUUGAACCCCCAGCUCCUCCCCUCCCGCUCCCCCUCCCCUUCCUCCUCCCCCUCCCGCUCCCCACCCCCUUCCUCCUCCCCUCCCGCUCCCCCUCCCCUUCCUCCUCCCCCUCCCGCUCCCCCUCCCCUUCCUCCUCCCCCUCCCGCUCCCCCUCCCCUUCCUCCUCCCCCUCCCGCUCCCCCUCCCCUUCCUCCUCCCCCUCCCGCUCCCCACCCCCUUCCUCCUCCCCCUCCCCCUCCCCCUUCCCCUCCCCCCUCCCCCUCCCCCCUUCCCCUCCCUCACACGUGGCACCUCAAAGGCCGGAGGAGACCAUGCUGGGCAGCACGCUGCGGCACCCCCCCUCCUGCUCCCUCCUACCCCACGCACCACCUUCUCUCCCCCAUCUCCCCCCAUUCUUCCCCCUAUUUCCGACCAUCUCCCUCCAGUCCCCCCAUUCUCUCCCUCCUCCCCCCCCCCCCCCCCACAUACACCCACUAAAGGCGGAGGCGGAGGUGAACAUGCUGGGCGCGCUGCGCCACCCCAACCUUGUGCUCCCCGCAACCCCUCUCCCUCACUUCUCCCCCCGUCCCCCCUUCGUCCCCCCACGACCCCCCCUACAGGCGGAGGUGAACAUGCUGGGCACGCUGCGCCACCCCAACCUGGUGACGCUCAUAGGCUACUGCAUGGAGGGGGGCUCGCGCCUGCUUGUUUAUGAGCUCAUGGAGCGCGGCUCGCUCGACCACUACCUCUUCUCAGACGUGGGCAGCCCGCUGCCAUGGGGGCUGCGCAUGCGCAUAGCGCUGGGCGUGGCGCAGUGCCUGGUGUACCUGCAUGAGAACCCCCACCGCCCCAUCAUCUACCGUGAUCUUAAGGCCGCCAACGUGCUGCUGGAUAAGGAUUUCAACCCCAAGCUUGCAGACUUUGGGCUGGCAAAAGACGGGCCGGUGGGGGAUAAGACGCACGUGACCACGCAGGUGGUGGGCACGUAUGGCUAUGCCGACCCAGACUACCUCUUCACUGGCCAUCUGACUCCCAAGAGCGACGUGUACGGCUUCGGAGUGCUGCUUCUAGAGCUUCUAUCCGGCCGGCAAGCCAGCGAUUUCCCUACAGACGAGGAAGACGAGUCGAGGAAGCAAAGCAGGACCAGGGGCAACAGCGAGGUGAUGGAUGCUGAAGCUGGAGACGAGGACGACGAGGAGGAGGACGAGGGCGAUUUGUUGGAAUGGGCCGAGCCUAUGCUGGCGGAUCGGAAGCGGGUGGAGGAGGUGAUGGACCCGAGGCUCGGGAGGGAGUGGCCGGCUCGGGGCGUGCAGAAGGCGGCGCUGUUGGUGUUGCACUGCACGGCGAGAAACCCGUAUGAGCGCCCGAUGAUGAGCAGCGUGGUGAAGACGCUACGGGUGAUGCAGCAGGGGUAUACGUGGCCGCCCGCUGCUUCGGGGGGUGAUGCUGGUGGUGGUGGUGGUGCUUCUGGUGGGGGGACCACACCCCGAACUCCCAGAACGCCUACCUGA